GAGUUUUUUCUUGUUUUUAUACUCGUUUCUUUAUAUUUUCUCCCAAAUGGCUGCUGACAAUAAGACCACCGCUGGUAAAGCUCCUACCAAGACCAAGCCUACCUCCAAGUCGGCCGAUGGCAAGAAGAGAAAGAUCACCCGCAAGGAAACCUACUCUUCUUACAUCUACAAGGUGUUGAAGCAGGUUCACCCCGACACUGGUAUCUCCAACAAGGCCAUGUCCAUCUUGAACUCCUUUGUCAACGAUAUCUUUGAACGUAUCGCCACCGAAGCUUCCAAGUUGGCCACCUACAACAAGCGUUCCACCAUCUCUUCCCGCGAGAUUCAGACCGCUGUGCGUCUCAUCCUCCCCGGUGAAUUGGCCAAGCACGCUGUCUCCGAAGGUACCAAGGCUGUCACCAAGUACACCAGCUCCAAAUAAGCCAUUAAAAAGGCCUCAUCCUUCACCUCCCCAAUGAUGAAAAACAAGAAACCUUUUUCGCAAACUUUAUAUCGUUUACUGCAAAACCAUAUCUCCUUGUACAGACCAUCCCCUUUGUCUCCUAUUGAUUUAAAGCUCUUAUAAAAUGUUACAUAUGUCAUGUUAUUCUGUAAAAUUGUUG